UCCUUCCUUUCUCCAUUUCUUGCGCUAUAUUCUUUCAAAUCCUUUUUGGGCUUUUGCUUCCAACAACAAAACCAGCAUCUUUUCUCCUCCUUCUCCACCACCACCUCCGGCCAUCGAGUCAUAUAAGUUUUUUCCAGAAGAGCAAAAGAGAAUCGGAACUAUUUCUAUUGUUUGUAAAUUCUGUUUCGUAAUUUAUAUAAUACAUAUAUGAAAGAAAAUCAGAAUCAGUGAUUAAUUGUGUUUUGAUGAAUUCAAAACGGUGACGUUUUGUCGUUUCCAAUUGAAUUGAAUUACAACAAUACAUAAUUCGGAAUUGUUUUCGUUUUCCUGCCAAUUCCACAAAUUCAUUUUAAUUGAUUGUUGAUGUUUUUGGUUAUUGGAGAAGACAACGACGACGGAGAUAACAAGAACCACGUCGUUUUGAGUUUUUAACCUUGAAAGAAGAAGAAGAAGAAGAAGAGAUGUGUGCAGCAACGGCGACGGGGGAAUGGUGGGGUAGGGGGAUAACGGGGCAGAUCGGAGGAGGAUAUAGCCAUGAAAGCGAGCAUGAUUUAGCUCUUAUGGUUAGUGAUUUUCUUGAAAACGGUGGUAGUAGCGGUCCCGAUUCUUGGUGUAGUAGCGACAGCGACUCCGGUUUCUCCGAUCUUCACUUUCUCGCCGAUAAAAUUUCGUUUUAUAGACACUCAGUGACUCAGUAUGAGAGUGACUUGCUGUCAUUGGUUCAGUCUCUUCUGGUAUCCAUUAAGGAAGCAGACCUUCACCUUGUUAAGUCAGGGUCAUGUAAUGCCAGUUGCAUCAGAUUUUCUUUGGUAAAGCUGUUGAGACUUGCUGGUUAUGAUGCUGCUGUAUGUGUAUCCAGGUGGCAGGGUGGCAGCAAGGUCCCUGGAGCAGGGGAUCACGAGUAUGUUGACGUGGUUAACGGCAAUAUCAAUAUCGGUGGAAGUUCUGAGCGUCUGAUUAUUGAUAUCGACUUUCGGAGUCAUUUUGAAAUAGCAAGAGCUGUUGAUUCUUAUGACAGAAUAUUGAAGUCACUUCCGGUUGUUUAUGUGGGCUCCUUGAACAGGCUGAAGCAGUAUCUUCAAGUGAUGGUUGAAGCUGCUAAAUCAUCUCUUAAACAAAACUCAAUGCCUCUCCCUCCAUGGAGAUCUCUUGCUUACUUGCAAGCAAAGUGGCAUUCGCCAUAUCAGAGGCAUUUAAGCCCAGAUGAGCAAGAUUUUAGCAGCAUCAACUCUUCUGACCACAAGCAGUGCUGUGAACAUUUAAAGAGGCUGCAGUCUUCUCUCCAAUCUGAAAUGGAAGAAGAACGACUCCUGAAGCCCAUCAAUACAGAUAAUAACUGGAGAAUGAAACGCGAGAGGCGGAGACAUUCCCUGUUGAGGGGUCUUUGAAGUGUAUAGAAAUUUUGCCUGGGAAUUGCAUGUUCCCUUUGUGAGAGAGUAAUUGUACCGCGGCUUUCAUGUUUAGUGAUUCUUUUUCCACAGAUGAAUAAGUGUCAACCAUAACAAAGUCCAAUUUUAUUCGGAGGACGUAAAAGACAAUAACACGUCAUAUUUGGAGUCAAUACAUAUAUUUUUCAUAUUUUGUGCAUUGGCAGCAAGUGAUAGUAUCAGGUCUUGAGAAAUGCUGAGCGCAGCCUCUGGGGAAACCUGUCAGUACUUCAACUUCUCCAAGGUGCUUUAUCCCAUCGGCUGUUUUUUUUUCUUUUCUUCUUCUUUAAGUUUCAUCUUGAACGUAUUCCUAGCCUUCUAUUUUAUGGGCCAAGGAAUUUUCGUUCUCCAUUUCUUUUCCUUCUCUUUUGCUGAUCAAUAUGUUUCUUGUUGAAAUAUUGAGUGGAAUGUAUUUGAAAGUCAAAAUUAAAGGCUGCUUGGGCGAUAUACAGUACAAGUUAAUAAUGAUAUAGUUGGUUCUGGUA